GAGUGGAGAGGGACGUGGUGGUGCUUUCUCUGUGGGUUGCUGUGGGGUGUUGCCUGCCAACAUGACGGACCAGCAGGCCGAGGCCCGGUCCUACCUCAGUGAGGAGAUGAUCGCAGAGUUCAAGGCCGCCUUCGACAUGUUCGACGCGGACGGGGGCGGCGACAUCAGCACCAAGGAGCUGGGCACCGUCAUGCGGAUGCUGGGCCAGACGCCCACCAAGGAGGAGCUGGACGCCAUCAUCGAGGAGGUGGACGAGGACGGCAGCGGAACCAUCGACUUCGAGGAGUUCCUGGUCAUGAUGGUGCGCCAGAUGAAAGAGGACGCCAAGGGCAAGACUGAGGAGGAGCUGGCCGAGUGCUUCCGCAUCUUUGACAGGAACGCCGACGGCUACCUGGACGCCGAUGAGCUGGUCGAGAUCUUCCGGGUGUCCGGCGAAAACGUCACGGAGGACGAGAUCCAGGAGCUCAUGCGGGACGGAGACAAAAACAACGACGGCCGGAUCGACUUUGAUGAGUUCCUGAAGAUGAUGGAGGGAGUGCAGUAAAGCGCCGAAACAUUCCUGUGAGGCCGGGGCAGCCGCCGCCGCCGCCAGCUCCCCGUGCCUGGCCUGGCCUGGCCACGCGCCCCCCACUCCCGUCCCGCUUGCGCCACACAGCUCAGAGACUCCUUCCAGCUAAGCUCCGCAGACCCUCACCACCCCGAGCGUGCAAACUCCUGCGUGUAACACUGGCUGGCGCUUCAAUAAAGAGCAAGGG